GAUGUCAUGGGACCCUCAGAUCAACAGCCAUCUGCAGCAAGAAAGUUUUCAUUUAAAAACAAAAAGCUGAAGAAGGAGUGGCACCUAAAAAAAUGAAAAAAAACAGAUUGAUGAAGAUGAGGAAAUGGGUCGAAUUGAAGGGUUCCAUUGGAGGGAGAAAGAGCCUCCGUAUAGAUGAAAAAGAAAAGUAUGCAGCCAUUGAGAAUGAAAUAAGGGAAGUUAAGAGGUUGCAAGUGGAACAUGGUCAGAUGCUUCAGAAGAUUCUUGAUAGGUUGGAUAGACAUGUGGAUGAUGGAACACGAGCUGGAUUUAAGAAGUGUGAUGGUAAUGUGGAGGGCACACAAAUUGGGUUAUCAGAAGGCAUGGAAGAAUCCGGAGAUAAGAGUGGAAAGGGAAAUGAAGCGAAGUUACAAUCAAACAUGGAAAAAAGGAGAACAAAUGGAGAAGAGAAUGACAACAAUAUUGAACUUAAUAAGAGUGAAAAUGAAGUUGUUGAAAAAGAGAGCUUGUGUGUGGCUGGGUAUAAAUUUGAAUUGGCUGAGACACAGUAUGAUGAAGAUGUACUGGCUGAGUUGGAUGUUAUAGAGAGAAAUACUGUGGAAUCCCAACAGAAUGAGAAAGAGGGUGUUGGAAAAAAAGAGGAUGUUGUGAUGGCAGAUGAAGUUGGGGUCAGUCAUGUGGGUGGUGUGAUACAUGUUGAAAUGGCAGAUGCCACUGAACCCCAAAUGGUCAACGUCGACACUGAAAAUGCAUUAAAAAAAAGGACUUACGGUGAGUAACUGAUUUGUACAAUGUUUUAUGAGCUAGUUUAGCACAUGUGUAGUAGGCUUCUUUAACCAACACAGUAAAUAUUAUCUCUUGUG